AUGGGCAUAAUUCCUAUCAAGCAAAAUGCCGUUUUGGCUCGAGAUUUCAAGAGUAUAAAAGCCCCAGGAAGAGGAGCAAAUCGGGCGGACCAGAUGUCCGCUGGACUCAGAAUUCACGAUCCUGGAUUGCUGAACACGACUGUGGUGGAAACCGGGAUAAGUUUCUCGGACCAUGAAGGAGGAUUGAUCCUCUUCCGAGGCUAUAGUUUGGAAGAAAUGUGGAAUAGUGACUUUGAGGACAUGCUUCAUCUGCUUGUUUGGGGAUUGUAUCCAACAGCAGCACAGAGGGAGAGGCUUCGUCGAGACCUGGCAAAGCAUAUGCUGGCCGUACCCGACAGUGUACAGCACGCUAUACACGCCAUGCCAGCCACCGCGCCGCCAUUAUCUUUGAUGAUUAUGGGGCUCUCUGCGUAUCUCGCUACAAUGCCGUACUCGGUUCCCGCUUCAGAGGACCCUAGGCUAUACCAAGGCAAUGCAGAAGAUCUGGAUCUCGCCAUACUACGCACUGUUGCUGGAUACGCGGUGGUAUUCGGCUCAGUCGCUAGCCACCGCAAAGGGCUGAAAUUCAGCCCACCCACUUUAGAAAACACCUACUGUCAAAAUCUAUUCAUCAUGUCCGGACUAAUCGAUCCUGCCACUGGCUUCCCAAACCCUUUGAAGGUCUCCUGCUUCCGCCGUUUCGCAAUGCUCAACUCAGAGCACGGAAUGGCGCUCACCGUCUUUUCCGCCCUAGUCACGGCGUCCGCGCUGGCUGAUCCGAUUUCCUGCCUAAUCACGUCAAUAGCAUCAGCCUGGGGUCCAUUACAUUUUGGCGCGACCGAGGCCGGGUACCAUGCUCUCCAGGAAGUUGGCUCUGUCGACCGAGUACCCGCCUUUCUCGAGGAGGUCAAACAAGGACACAGGAAGCUUUUCGGAUACGGGCAUCGCUCAUACAAGACCAUUGACCCGCGCGUGCGGCCCAUCCAAUCCAUUCUUAAUGACCUCCCACCGACAAAUCUUCUGAAAUUAGCCGAAGUAAUUGAGCAAGCUGCAUCCAAGGACGACUACUUUCGAAGAAGAGGCCUCUAUCCAAACGCGGACUUUUAUGGACACUUUGUCUUCACCGGAAUUGGAUUCGAACUCGAAAUGCUGCCGGCCGCCAUGCUAGCACAACGAAUCAUAGGCAUCAUGGCUCACUGGCGGGAGUACAUGCUGACUAACGGCAAAUUGUUUCGCCCUUCGCAUCUCUACACGGGACACGUGAGGGAGGACACGAUCUUUUCGAGGAUCUGA